AUGCACGUGUUAGACGAGCGCCUGACGUCCAGGUUCGGCUGCCAGGCCGAGGACGACAUAUGCCAUUACCUACGAUGCCCGCGCGCUUGGCAUUUAGUCUCCCUCCCGAGAUGGAUCCCUUCCGCACGACUGAUUGUCCGACUCGGCCUCGGGCUUCCGGAGGACCAGAUCGAGGAUGAUGAGCUUCAGCGGGCGGCAGUGCGCAGAGCUUUGAUGUACCACCUGUACAACAUCAUCCGUCACGAAAUCGCAGACAACACUUAUGACUACAACAUGCACACCAGUGCCCUGAGUGCUGCCCGGCAGCGCGUCUAG